UGUACAACUAGCUAUAAAUAUUUAAAUAUAUAGAACUGUAUAGCAAGUUUUGAAGUUCGUAACCCAAUCUUUCUGAGCUGUGUAUAUAUUCAGUACACUUUCUCUCGAGUUACCCACACAUAUUUGUAAUCCUAGAUUAUAACAGUAUUGUGUAUGUAUACCGGUUGCCACGCACACCAUACACUACUUUUCAUUAGUAUAUCGAAUACAGUGUAUCAGUACAACUACUUCACAUUGCAUCUGUACAUCUAAGACAAGAUGGCUAUCAACCAGGUCUCCCGUCGACGUAGGCGUGGGAAUCUACAAGUACGAGAUUCCAAGGUUCUUGACUCUGGUCGCUUUCCUCACCGGCUGUCACUAUACAACACACCGCCGAACGAUGAAGUGUCUCUGGAGGAGUUCGAGAGCUCUGGAUACGACAGGCUUAGGCUCCUGAAAGCGGUCGAACAGGCCAGGCUAUGUCAUCCGAAGCGAGGACCACAGUACUUCAAAGAAAUAAAAAAAGCAUGUGACAAGUACAUGCCACUCGGAGACAGCGGCGCACGGAAUGCGGCAGAUGUGUACGAAGAGAGACGAAAGGACCAUUUGUCGCAUUUUGUCUUGCGACUGGCGUAUUGUCGUAGUGAAGAAUUGCGCCGCUGGUUUCUGCAACAAGAAGUGGAGCUGUUCAGGUGCCGAUUCGAGAACGAAAGCAUCAACGAUUUUCUAAACGCCAUACAAAAUCUCAAAUACGACAAGAUGUCCGACGAAGAGAAGCGCGAAUUGGAGUCCCAAUUGAAGGACUGCGGUUUCAAUCUGAGCAUAGAAACAGUGCGGGAAACUGCUUACUAUAAGUUACCAUUCAAGCGGGCUUUGGAGCUCGUUAGGCAGAGGAAAGUGCUGCUGAAGGGCGGUAUGGCCUAUGUGCCAGAACAAGAGCUUUUGUCAAUUAUCUGCUCUUCGUUCCGACAACGCCUCUCGCUAGCCCUCACGCACGCGUGUAAAGCCCUCCCCGCAUUAGAAGAAGAUGAGAGACUUGAUCCCAUCCUACGCACCAUGAGCAAGAACGAUCUGGCGGACGAGCAGCAACUGCAGAAUCGCACCGGGGUGGUACACCCCUCAGACCUCGACGAGUUAUCGAAUACGGUGAUGCCUCUAUGUAUGAGGAAUCUGCACGUGAACUUCAAGGCGGAUCAUCAUCUGAAACACUGGGGUCGGCUUCAGUAUGGUCUGUUCCUCAAGGGCAUUGGGGUCAUGCUGGAGGAUGCUAUCAAUUACUGGCGCUCGGAAUUCACCCAGAAAAUGGCGAUGGACAAGUUUGAUCGCGAGCACGUGUAUACGCUACGACACAUGUACGGUAAAGAAGGCAAGCGCACCAAUUACACGCCCUACUCUUGCGUCAAGAUCAUCACUGGGCAAGCCCCAGGCACUGGAGACCACCACGGCUGCCCUUUCAAACACUUCGACGGGAGCCACUUGGUGAAGGAACUUAAAAGCACGAAGGUUCCCAAUCCAGCUAUACAAGAGAUCCUCAAGCUUGUUAAAGAUCAGCACUUCCAAGUGGCCUGUUCGAGAUACUUCGCCUACAAAAUUGGACCUCUACCGGAAAAUGUGGACGUUCCUCUUAUCAACCAUCCCAACGGAUACUUCACGAAGGCUAUAGAACUAAAUAACUUUAAAGCAGGUAUAGUUAAUGCUGGUGCUUCUACUGUCAAAUCAGAGAGCUUACCUAUCAACGAAUAAGUACCACCAUUUAAAUAAACCUACAGAAACAUGCGA